UGGUGAUCUGAUGGAACCCCCUUCGUAUGAGGAGGUCAGUCGACAGCCUUCGCCCUUCAACAUCCUCCCUCCCCCCGAAUACCACGGCCCCCUGCACUCCCCCCCGACACCUCCUCCCACCUACAGGGAAGCAGUGUCAACCUCGCAGAAUCCUUUUCCGGUACUGACUUUCCCGACUGCUCAGACGUCACCAGCCCACGGAACCGUAAUCCAUCCCGUCACACAAAUCGGUGUUGCGCGGCCCGGCGGCACCAGGCAUUCUCAGCCGGCGCCAGCGCCGGUGGUGGUGACGACGCAGCCGGAGCCCGUCCCCAUCUCGGUGAGACACCUGGGAGACAUCCCUGGUCUGGUUCGCUGCCCGUGCUGCCACGGGGUGGUCACCACUAAGGUCAAACACGUGCCCGGGAUGGGCGCCUGGUCUCUAUGCAUUUUUCUCACGAUGAUGGGGUUGAUCUGCGGUUUCUGCCUGAUUCCGCUCAUGAUGCGAAGUCUACAAGACGUUCAUCAUUACUGCCCACACUGUGAAAGCCGCCUGCACGUACAUGUAAAGUGACACUUUUUGGGAUCGAUGGGCUGUUGUCCGACAGGGAUGAACAACAAUAAUGUCAAAAGCCAGGAAUGAAUAUACAGCACACGGCUCUUCCAUUGUAGGGGAUGAUAGGUGUCUGAUCUAAUAUAUGUACAGUACUCACUACACAUAGUGAUACUGGACAUAGAGGAUGUUGGAACUGAGCUCACCUGUGUGGGUGUGCAGGGCCUUUAAGCUGCAACCGGUUAAAUAUUAACGCAGAUUUGAAACCUAACAAAUUAAAUUGAUUAACAGUAACCAUAUAGAGAAAAAAUGAUACUGAUACUAUACAAGAGUAUAUCCGUCUUCUCCUCCGACCCUCUGCAAAAUAGCGUGUUUCCUAAACUGGAGAACUGUUCUUUUAAUGAUACAGACUUGUUAUAAUAAAGACCGAUCUUAGAAUGAAUAAAUACACCGAAUUGAUUGCCAUUCCCUGGGGUGGAAGUCCUUCAUAUAUGUGUUGUGCCUGUGCUGCUGAGUCCAACGACUCAUUCCUGCAGCAAACAUCCCGGCCCAGUUUGAUUCUUUUUUUUUCUUCUUGUGAUCUUAUUAUUUAUCAUUCUAUCAUGUUGAUAGGCAAAUAAACAUGGUGUUGGUUACUUUG